AUGUCUUUUCGUCGAAGGGCUUACCUCACUAGACACCAUAGAGUUCACACUGGAGAAAAGCCGUAUGAGUGUAGAGAAUGUGGGAUGUCCUUUCGUCGAAGAGGUCAGCUCACUGUACACCUUAGAGUUCACACUGGAGAGAAACCCUAUGCGUGUAUACAUUGUGGGAGGUCCUUUCGUCAAAGGGCUCAACUCACUGCACACCUCAGAGUUCACACUGGAGAGAAGCCGUAUGAGUGUACUGAGUGUGGGAAGUUCUUCAGAGAAAGGGCUACGCUCAUUAACCACUACAGAGUCCACACUGGAGAAAAGCCAUAUGAGUGUAGAGAAUGUGGGAUGUCCUUCCGUCUAAGGGCUCACCUCACUUACCACCUCAGAGUUCACACUGGAGAGAAGCCCUAUGAGUGUAGACAAUGUGGGAUGUCCUUUCGUCAAAGUGCUCAACUCACUGCACACCUCAGAGUUCACACUGGAGAGAAACCAUAUGAGUGUACUGAGUGUGGGAAGUUCUUCAGUAUAAGAACUACCCUCAUUAAACACCAGAGAGUUCACACGGGAGAAAAGCCCUAUGAGUGCAGUGACUGUGGGAAGUCCUUCAGUGAUAAGUCUUACCUCAAACAACACCAUAGAAUCCACACCGGAGAAAAGCCCUAUGAGUGUAGUGAAUGUGGAAAGUUCUUCAGUGCAAAAACUAAACUCAUUAAACACCAGAGAGUUCACACUGGAGAGAAGCCUUAUGAGUGUACUGAUUGUGGGAAGUUCUUCAGCGAAAAAACUAAACUCAUUAAACACCACCGAGUUCACACUGGAGAAAAGCCAUAUGCGUGUAGAGAAUGUGGGAUGUCCUUUCGCCGAAGUGAUCACCUAACUGUACACCUCAGAGUCCACACUGGAGAGAAGCCAUAUGAGUGUACUGAAUGUGGGAAGUCUUUUAGGCAAAACUCUAGCCUUAUUCAUCAUUUGAGAGGUCACACUGGAGAGAAGCCAUAUGAGUGCAGCGAUUGUGGGAAGUCCUUCAGUUAUAAGUCUCAUCUCAAACAACACCACAGAGUUCACACUGGAGAGAAGCCGUACGAAUGUAGAAAGUGUGGGAUGUCCUUUCGUCAAAGUGCUCACCUCACUGCACACCUCAAAAGAGUUCACUCUGGAGAGCAGUGUUAAAUGUGCAAGUAAUGCUUUAUUUUUCUCACUUAGAAUAACAACACUGAAGACAACUCUUUAUGAUCUAUUUUCCUGAAUUUACACCCCUUUUAAUGGAUCAUACACUCUGCUAGAUUCCUCCUAAGUUUCUGGUACAAGUGAGGCUUAAAGGAGCUGCAUUGCACUUGCUGACAUGCCCAGAACUACUACCCAGUUGAUUUGUGGCUGAAGAGAUUUCACCUCUACCACCUGGCUCCUCUGAAGAGUGUCUAUCAGUCCCAACCCCUGCGUGCUCAGGGGAAAUGUAUUCUGUGUGAGAACUUGUGCUUGUGAAAAUGAUGACUACUCCAGCUCUUGACAGGAUCGUCAUUCCUUUCUCUCUGACGAGGGAAUGCACCUGACCCAGGAUUCUUCCAGGGAAGCUAUCCUCAUCCAAUCAAUGAUUCUCUCUCAUCAUUGAUGUUUCCAUUUCUCUCUCCCUCUCUCUCUCCCUUCCUGUCUGAAAUCAAUAAAAAUAUACUUAAAAAAAAAAAAAAAGAACUACUGCCUCUUUCAGGGACAGUGUGGCUCUCACAUUAUGCUGUGAUGAAUUGUUUCAAGUUCUAAUUCACCA